UUCCUUAGUUCUAUCAUGAACGCUUCCGAGACGAAGCGUCGUACAACACUGACUGACCUGCCACCUGAGCUCUGGGACCAUAUCGGACACUAUCUUCAAACCGCAUCGUCCGUUGCAUCCCUAGCGCGCUGCAACAAGAGCUUGCACGCAUUCGUCGCCAAAGACGCCUGGAAAUCGUUCGCACGCAAUCGUUUCCCUUCGAUAUGCCCGCUUGAGUCGCCUUCGUUCAGGGACACAGCGCGUUCCUUGAGUACACUAUCCAAGGCAUGGGACAAACGUGCAUUUGUCGCCCGAUACGUGGAGCCCCGAGGCAGUAUCACAGCCUUCCCGGGACGCAAGCAUAGCGACAGCUGGAGGCGGCCCAGAGGCCAGACAAUAGGCUUUACACCUCAGCUCGAUGUCUACGAAGAGAUUGGGCCAAGGUGGCAAGACCGUCAAGAGACGCUGGCGUUUAGUGCUGGUGCAGAGAUCUGUGUGCGGCAUACAAAUCGCGCACAUGGCAGAGAUGAUGUAAGAUGGACUACAUACAGGCCACUCUCUGCCAACGAAGGACGUGACGACGUUACUGCACUUCACCUACUAAGGCCAGACCAAAAUGAUGACGACGGCAAGCAGAAGCUCAUCAGUGGCACUGCGAAUGGUGAUCUGCAAUUGGUGAGUCUACCAGAUCCCGACGACGAAUACGACCAGGAUGUCCGUAUGACAUACUUCGCCACUCAGGGACUAGCAGUACGUUCUAGUAGCCUUCUACCGAGAGAGGGCCAACAAGAUCUGCUGGCAGCAAAUCUAGGUGAUUCUAGCAUCGUUCUCUACGGAGUUGAUCCCGAAAAGCCCAAAAUCUGCCCGUCGACUCAGCUGGAUAUAAAGCCUGGUCUCCGUCCAGAUGGGCAUCCUUCGCCGAACCACAGAGCUUGGGCCACGACGUUCCUUUCACCGUCCUCCCUGGCUGUUGGGGCCGGACCAUCUGACGAGCCCAUUCACAUCUAUUCCAUCACUGAGGCAGGACUUUCGCGAGAGGCUUCGCGAAAGCUUGGUUUGAGAAGUGACUUAAGCAGGGUCGAUGAGACAAAGAAGCCUUACUCGUCCGUCUACUCGAUUGUGCCACUUCCUUCGAGCAAUGGGUCGGCGGGCGACGGCACUGUCUUCCUUUCUGGCGCCUAUGAUGGCAUUGUUCGACUACACGAUCUGAGAUCAAAUCGCGAGGUUGAGCAAGUCUACGUCGAUAUUGCGGAUGACAGUGCCAUCUACAGUAUCUUGCCUCAAGGACGCGAGCGUCUAGUCGCAGGUACAAGCCGACACAACUUGCUCAAGGUAUUCGAUUUGCGCCUGGGCGCCAAGUGCUACAGCCAUCUUGACGCUGCAAAUCAAUCGUCAGCCAAAGAGGCGCCUAUGGAUCCCUCUAGUGACUACAACAUCUUCCUUCAACCCAACAGUUCUCAAGCUGGGUUUACUUCACGUGGCAAUGGCUGGACACGCAAUCGAUCGAUCGAGAGCAGUAUUUACAAUCUCGCCUCUUCCUCGCCACCUUCGCCCUAUAUCUAUGCAGGCGUUGAGAAUGCGGUUAUGUCUAUCGCCCUCACGGAGAUCCUUGAUACUCAUCCCGAUCCGGUAUUCUUUGGUGCAUGGACAGCUGCGGACAAGAAGAAUGGGAUGGUGACACCUAUGACGUUCGAGAGUCAAGACGUCGUAGGGCUGGCGAUGUACGAUCAAGUUGCAAAUAUGAAGCUGUGCGUGCAACGCAGUCCUUCAGAGACAUGGCGUGCUUGUCAGCCGAAAAGUGGACACAGGGUACCGACCUUGAUAGAUGAGCGAUGGAAGGGUGCCAGUGAAUUCGGGCCCUAAUCACCAGAUUGUAUGCCAGAGACACUAGCAUACAUUCAAUUCUGCUCUGUAGCG